CAGUCAACGACGGGGACUUGGUCGGGUUUCUUUCCCUCCCUCACUCCUGCAGGACACCAGUGCCGGCAGGAGGUACUCGGAAAAUAUCACAUCACAGCUCGCGUCUAGGGACAUGUGUAGCUUGCCCCGUCCUUCCUGCCUUUCAAGGACAUGAUUCGGUGAGACGCAGCGGCGCUACUCCUACUACCAGAAUCCUGCAGUUGCCUCACCGUCCCCGGGUCUCUCCUUGUUUCCCGCCGCGGCAGGUGAAUGGUACAGCGUCCAGCCCAGCAGUGCGUGACUCAUCCCACCUCUGCUGCACUGCCUCUAUUGACUCUCGAGAUUAAGUCCCGCCACUAUGUUCCUGUGGCGUCUACGGUGCGCGGCGACCUGGCGAGGCGCUGCCCUGACCCUCCUACUGUUAUCCACUGCGAACUUCUUUUUCUCCUACUACACCUACCUCAACUCCAGACUCCCCUUCCAACUGCCUUCCGUUCAGAGCGAUGACUGCAUCACCACCAGGAGGGAGCUGGCGAGGCGGGUGAUGCGGGUACAGCGGCAGGUGGAGACACUGCAAGGUAACAAAGGCGGUGGCAUGCUGUCCCCCACCCUGGCCCAUGAGCUGCGGGCCAUCGCGCGGGAGCUGGACCCAAGGAUCACCUCAGAGAAGGAUCAGAAGAACGCGGUAGUGCCCAAAGGCUUCGUGUGCCAGGAAGUGUACCGCGGAAAGGAGGCGGACCUCUCCUUCUAUAACAACUUCAUGCAGGUGCAGUGUGACGACGCGCCGCCUUUCAGGGAGGUGCUCACCGUCAUCCUCUCCACCAAGGGCUGGAUGCAGGAUCGGGUGGCCACUGUGGUGCACAAUCUCAGAAAAUACUACGAUGUGGAUGUGGUGGUGCUGACCUAUGACUCAGACCACAGCCUCGGCCCCCUCAGCGUGGAGGGCGUGUCCGUGCAGGCCUGGAGUCCAGAUACCACCACGUCCUCCGCCAUCAACAAGGCGGUGGCAAGCGUGAAGACACCCUUCGUUCUCCUGACAGACUCGCUGACGCACUUCUCCGGAGAGCUGUGUUCCCUGGAGCGGCUGGUGAGGGUGCUGGACCAGGAAGGGGAGGCGGCGGCGGCGGCGGCGGGAAGCUACCGGAUAUCUGACGGCACCUGGACGCACGGGUGUCUGCAGCGACGCCUGGAAAACUACCAGCUGGCUUAUUUGUCGGGCUACGAGCACUCCCGCCAUGAGUGCAUGUUCUGUGACGACAUCCUGGGGCCCUUCGUGGCGCGCACCAGCACGCUGCAGCAGAUACCGCUGACGGACAGCCUGGACGGGCCAGUCUCCAUGCGGGACUGGUUCAUCAAUCUGUACCUCGCCGGUAAUCUCGCCGUCGCCUGUCCGGAUGUCAUGUUCUUCGUGGACGAGGCGCCGCUGAUGGCUCGCCAGGACUGGCAGGAGGUGGCCAGCACAUGGGCUGUGCAGUACGUGUGGCCACACGACGGCGAGAAGCUAGAAUUUUCAUGUGAGGAAGUGAAGAUGGAAUGUGUCAACAUUAUGAAGAUGGUGUCGUCCUUCCUGGUGCCGCCGUGCUGCCGCGAGGCGCUGCGCUACGAGCUGGGCCUGGUGCAGGAGUGCGGCGAGGAGCUUGGCCUGUACGUGGAGCUGCAGGACGGCAGCCUGCUCGGAGCCGUCAAGACAGAAGGGAUUCUGCCGUGGGACUUCGACAUGGAUGUGGUCGGAGACUGCAAGGACCAGGAGAUGUGGAUGAAGAAGGGCACUUCCUGCAUGGGACGCAAGGGCUGCAGCUCCGUCCUCGUGCAAGGGAACUACUGGAUGACCACCUGUAACGUGUCCUUCGUUGACGUGUCGUGCAGACCCGACAGACUCAAGCUGCUGCCGCCCGAGUACCGCAAAUUUCCAACCAAAGUGAACUACAGCGGUAGGAUGAUCACCGUGCCGCCCAACCCAGCGCUGGUGUCCAGGAAUCACUACGGACCCGAGUACCUGCGUCACGAGGUGCACUGGCGGUACACGGGCAAGGACAAGGGCCUCUGGAACCGUUGCUUAAAGUCGGGUUUCCACGCCUGCUUGGAAAACUUCCCCACGGACGGGAACAUCAAAUUUAUGGACUUUCCUCGCCAGCUGGUGGGGCUCUGACACCACUGCCGCACACUCCCUUUCGUUACCUUCCCCGUCCCUCUCCAGGCACCGAGGAGGGCACCCUGGCGGUGGAGUGGUCGGGCUGGCGUGUCACCUUGUGCUCAGGAAACCAAACACAAUCUCAAGUAGACACACCAGGUCGAGGCAGAAAGACAACCAAACGUGUUGAUAUUUUUAUCAUCACCUUCAAACUCUACACAUAGGAACAUUGCAGACACGUGGCCGGGACAGUGGCGGGGACAGGCCAGAGAGGCGAGGAGUGCCGCACCUGCCUUCGUACCUGCAGACCACGAGUGUGAGUCAGUUUUAAGUGUGAUAUUACUAAGGUUAAAGUUUCCAAGUGCCUUUCCAACACACGCUGACACACACGCUCCUCGCACACAAACAGGGGAGUGGUGUGCAUUGUCUUCCUCCACGCCUCACGCUCCCCUACAUACCGCUCCUCCCGCAACAGCCAACACACUCGCCCUUGAAAUGUAAUCCAGGGGUGGGUUGCGGCGAAGUGCUUGGGUGAUCCCUGGCAAGCCACACCGCGAUCCUGGAGGAAUGUCAGACCUCACGACCCAUCACGUCACCAGCGGGAGGCUGACGGAAACUGAGUGAGGAAAGUGAUGAAGGAAUAACAUCAACAAGAGGACCUUAGAAAAGAAUAAAGAUAAUUACACGAAGCCUUAACAUUCACGUCCAUUUUCAAAGCAGUUCCUGAAGAUCUCCCGGGUACCUCACUGGGCCGGGCGUGCUUGGCUCACAACAGCACGCCCGCGACCUGCCCCGAGUAUAGCAGUGGUGCCUUUUUAGCAUCCUUCCGAGAAGCGAGAGAUGCUGCGUCCAAUCAGUCGUACAGAUCCUGACGUCGUCUGGCGGAGGCGGUGAAGGAGGAGCCCGAUUUCCGGGACAGGAGGCGGGGGGCGGGCUGGCGUGGUGGGCUCAGAACAUUUAGAGGAAUCAACUCCCUCUGCACCAGUAAGGCACUCUGGCCCUGGACGCCACUGUACCCGCCACUGUAUCCCCUUCCUCCCCUCCAUCCGCUGCAUCUCUGCCCACACCUGUGUUCCCCCCCCGCUACACGCCUCCUCCUCAAUGCAGCUGCUCUCCUUCCCGCUGCAAGUACAGGUGUCGCCGCUGCCUCUUGCACAUCUGUUGGAAGAAAGAAGCGUUGCACAUCUGUAGGAAGAAAGAAGCGUUCCUCUGUCACAAAGCCAAAAGGGGCGUGGUUGUAUAGUGGUGAUGGUACUGCGGCUCGAGUUUCCAGCUAACGAAGUGAAAUGGGAGCGAAAAGGAUGAAAAAUCGAUGGUGCGUCCGACAGGUUGGAGCCUACGAGAGAGAGAGAGAGAGAGAGAGAGAGAGAGAGAGAGAGAGAGGAGAGAGAGAGAGAGAGAGAGAGAGAGAGAGCGUAAACAGACUAGGAUAUCAAAGGCAAACCGACCUGUCAUAAAGUAAAACCCUUAAACAUUUCGCUGAUAAGAAGUAUGGGACGGAGAUUACUGAGAGAAAGAAAGAAAAGAAAACGGGGGAGCUGAAAACAAACUAGGUAACUCUCUGCGUCACACCACAUCUGAUCCUCGGCACGUGCUAAGUAACAGAGGCGAAGCGCGUACUGGAGAAACACACACCCGUCGCCUUUAACAUUUCACUCCAAUACACGAGUACAACAAUUCCCAGCAGUGCAUGAAAUCUCUGAGAAUUCACAAUAAAGGCAUGAAAAAGAAUAGCCUUUGCAAUAUGUAGCCGAUAUAAUGUAUGGAGGUGAAUGCAGAACGAGAAGAAAUUCCCCAGAGUGGUUUGAGAUUUAGAAAAAAUAUACCAAUAAACAGAGGAAAGAUUUAUUACCAGAGAGCAGAACCGCAAAAGGAGAAUCGCAUAGAACCGCAGAGAAGAACCGUACUUGUAAUUUAUUCGUGUUAUUUUCUGUGUCGCUUCUGUGCUACACCUCCACAAACUCUCGGAGGGAAGGCUGCCUUGACCAUGUGAUGUGUACGUACGUGUGUGCAAGAGCGGAGUAAUAAUUUGAUGAUUCCUUCUUGCCUUACCUGUGAUAUUCGUGUAAUGCCGAGACUUGGUGUAGGUGAUGUGUGUGUGUGUGUGUGUGUGUGUGUGUGUGUGUGUGUGUGUGUGUGUGUGUGUGUGUGUGUGUGUGUGUGUGUGUGUGUGUGUGUGUAUUUUGUAUAUUUUUGCCAUUUGAGUCAGAAUGAAUGUUGUUUUCUCUUUUUUUUUUUUUUUUUUCUUUUUUUUCUUUUUUUCGUCGUGGCAAUGUUGAAGUUGCUUGCGAUGUGUGAUGUUGUGAAUUGUGUUGUGCCGAAGAGAAAGAGGAAAGAAAGUGUUUUGUUACUUAAUUUAAAUCUGUGCUUAAUUUUUCCUUUUCUCCAAACGCAUGAAAUGUGAAAGCUUAAAGAAAAAUAAAUGUUAUUAAUAAA